UUGCUCCAUCUCCCAUCACACAAACCACUUCAUCCCUAUUAAAAGCUGCCAGCUACAUUUUGCAACAACAUAUUCCUGGUCGCUACUCACAGCUCCAUUUGUAAAAGCAGAUAGCAAAGAAACAAUGGCGUCCCAGGCCAUCGAGUGCCACCGUGCGGGUGCAGAGAUCGUCACCGGAGACGCCACGUGCAGGAAGAAGUCUGUGGAGCUGCUGGAGCAGCUCGGCGUCCCCAAUGGCCUCCUUCCACUGGAGGACAUCCAGGAGUUUGGAUACAACCGCGACUCAGGCUUCAUUUGGCUGCUGCAGAGGAAGAAGCUGGAGCACACCUUCAAGAAGGUCAAGAAGACGGUGUCGUACGCCACCGAGGUCACGGCGUUCGUCCAGAAGGGUAAGUUGUCGAAGAUCACUGGCAUUAAGGUCAAGGAGCUGAUGCUCUGGAUUAGCAUCAUCGAGAUGUACAUCCCAGAGGCCUCGCUGGAGAAGGUCACCUUCAAGUCCAGCAACGGCCUCUCCAGGACCCUUGAUGCCGCUGCCUUUGCGCUCGGGGAAUGAGAGAUCUCCAAAAAUGAGACAGAAAAUUAUGGGCACGUCAAAUCCUCAGUCGGUUUAAUGCUAAAAACAACCAUGCUCUAUGAUCUUGUAUCAUCUACUGGAAACAAUAAAUCUGUACUGUAUGUUUUUUUUCUCCUUUUCCCUUUCUCGGAAUAAUGAUAUUUUUUCUCUUUUCCCUUUUUCUUUAUGGACUCUGCUAAUUCAAUA